UGCGCACUGCUCUCCAUUCCUCUCCAACUCCUCUCCAGUCUGGCACAGACCGUCUGAGCGCGCGCACACACUCUGUGGCACAAACACGCGUACUGACGCACGCACAGAGACUCGUGGUGUCGGACCCGGAGGAAGAGGAAAGGAAGAGGAGAGGAAGAGGAGAGGAAGGAGACAGCUCCCGGUUCUUUGCCUCCAACUUGUGUCUUUGUGUCUCUUGUUGUCCACCGAUGAGAGGAUUGUCUUUCGGUUCUUGUCUCAACUGUCCCGAACUCCGGACCGGACGGGAGUAUGUAAAAGAAGCCGCAGGACUCACCGAACCAGCACAACUCUAAAGAAAUGGAUAAACGGAGUUGUCCUCUCGUCCUGCUCGCUGCUCUCCUCCUCUCUCACCUUCUGGGAUUCACUGACGGACAAUUCUUCCCAGGUGGCUGUACAUUUGAGGAUUCAUACAGCAGCUGUGGGUACAGUGUCUCUCUGGGAACCAACGGAUUCACCUGGGAACAAGUGAACUCCUGGGAGAAACCCACCAUGGACCCGGCCCUGCCCACUGGUUCGUUCAUGGUGGUGAAUGCAUCGGGCCGGGCGUCGGGGCAGAAGGCUCACCUUUACAUGCCCACCCUGAAGGAGAACGACACCCACUGCAUCGACUUCCUGUACUCGCUGUCCAGCCGCGACGGAGCCAGCCCGGGAACGCUCAACGUCUACAUCAAGGUGAACGGUGGCGCUCAGGGUAACCCCGUCUGGAACGCCUCCGAUACGGUUACUGAAGGCUGGGUGAAGGCGGAGCUCGCCAUCUCCACUUUCUGGCCCAACUCCUACCAGGUAAUAUUCGAAGCGGUUUCAGUUCAAGGCCAUCCAGGUUUCAUCGCCGUCGAUGACAUCCGAGUUCUGGCUCACCCGUGCCGUAAAGCGCCUCACUUCCUGCGUCUGCAGAACGUGGAGGUGAACGUGGGUCAGAACGCUACGUUUCAGUGUACCGCCGGAGGGAAAUGGUCUCAGCACGAUAAACUGUGGCUUCAGCAGUGGAACGGCAAAGACACGGCGCUGAUGGUGACCAGGGUGGUGAACCACCGCCGUUUCUCUGCUACAGUCAGUGUCGGCGAUACAUCGCAGCGCAGCACCAGCCGCUACCGCUGUGUCAUUCGAUCAGAAGGCGGCUCAGGGGUGUCCAACUACGCCGACCUCAUCGUUAAAGCUCCACCCACCCCCAUCGCGCCGCCUGAGCUCCUCGCUGUUGGCGCCACCUACCUUUGGAUCAAACCCAACGCCAACAGCAUCAUCGGCGACGGGCCGAUCAUCCUGAAGGAGGUGGAGUACCGAACCACUUCGGGUAACUGGGCGGAGACCCACGUGGUGGACUCCCCCACCUAUAAACUGUGGCAUCUGGACCCAGAUGUGGAGUACGAGAUCAAGGUCCUGCUGUCCAGACCCGGGGAGGGAGGAACGGGACCGCCGGGGCCACCGCUCGUCACCAGGACCAAAUGUGCAGAUCCGGUCCACGGUCCCCAAAAUGUCAAUGUGGUGGACGUCCGAGCCCGCCAGCUGACCAUACAGUGGGAGACGUUUGGGUACGCCGUGACUCGCUGCCACAGCUACAAUCUGACGGUGCAGUACCAGUAUGUGUUCAACCAGCAGGAGUUUGCAGCAGAGGAGUUGAUCCAGACAUCGUCACAUUACACCCUGCGGGGCCUGAGGCCUUUCGUCACGGUCAGACUGCGGCUGGUCCUCGCCAACCCCGAAGGCAGCAAGGAGAGCGAGGAGAUCGUCAAACAGACGGAGGAGGAUGUGCCCGGCUCGGUACCGAUGGAGUCUCUGCAGAACACGCCCUACGAAGAGAAGAUCUUCAUCCAGUGGAAAGCUCCCAACGAGACCAACGGGGUCAUCACGCUGUACGAGAUUACCUACAAGGCCCUGAGCUCGUUGGACCCCAGCGCUGAUCUGACCACCCAGAGGGGACGGGUAUUCAAGCUGAGGAACGAGACCCAUCACCUGUUCGUAGGUCUCUACCCGGGGACCACCUACUUCUUCACCCUCAAAGCCUCCACCAACAAGGGCUUCGGGCCACCCGUCACCACCCGCAUCUCCACCAAGAUAGCAGCUCCCAUGAUGCCGGAGUAUGAGUCUGAGGCUCCUCUGAACGAGACCGAGACCACCAUCACCAUCCUGCUGAAGCCCGCCCAGUCACGUGGCGCACCUAUCAGCUCCUACCAACUCGUUGUGAAAGAGGAGCGCAAGUCCAAGACCCGUCGUGCCGCCUCCGAAGCCCCCGAGUGCUUCUCCGCCCCCGUCAGCUUCCGCAACGCCUCCAUCUUGGACUCGGCCUACUACAUCGCCGCUGACCUGCCCCCGUCCAGCCUCACCAUCGUACAGCCAUUCACGGUGGGAGACAACAAGAGCUACGGCGGUUUCUGGAAUCCGCCGCUGUCGCCGGCCAAGAGCUACAGCAUCUACUACCAGGCCAUGAGCAGAGCCAACGGGGAAACCAAAAUCAACUGUGUCCGCCUGGCCAACAAAGUGGUAAUAGGUAGGGGACAAAUAACAACGCCGUACAUUCUAGUCAUCCCAAGCGAAGGUGCGUCCACCCAGGACUCCGAUGCCAUGGAGCCAGAGAAGCAAGUGGACAGCACAGUGAAAAUGGCCGGCGUGAUCGCAGGGAUCCUCAUGUUCAUCAUCAUCCUCCUCGGCAUCGUACUCACCUUCAAACGCAGAGAGAUUCACACAUGGAGAACUCUGAGCGUGGGAAGACAUGCUUAUUCCUACUCUUAUUACCUGAAGCUGGCGAAGAAGCAGAAGGAGACAGCGAGCAGCUCCACCCAGCAGAGGGAGAUGGGUCCGGUCACCACGGCCGAUAAGAGCACCACUAAAGUCAGCACCCUGCACAAAGACGACCCCUUCUCCACCUCCAACCAGGACCUCAACGGGUUCACCUCCCCCUCUCCCUGCUCCUUCUCUGUGCAGGGAAGCAAGACACUGCAGAGCAAAUCCCUGCUGAACUCCUACUACUCAGUGUCUAAAGAGCCGGUUCCAGCCACGACCUCCAUCGACAGCAGCCAGCCGUCACUUGCCCAGCCCUCUCUGACCCUGCAGAGUUUCCCCUACGGAGGCUGUGAGUCUGUGGAGCUCUCCUACCAGAGUGGUCAGUUUCAGCCAGCUAUCCGGGUGGCAGACCUCCUCCAACACAUCACCCAGAUGAAAUGUGGGCAGGGCUACGGAUUCAAGGAGGAGUAUGAGGCCCUGGCGGAGGGACAGGCGGCACCCUGGGAAACGGCCAAGAAGGACGAGAACCGCAACAAGAAUCGCUAUGGCAACAUCAUCGCUUACGACCACACCAGAGUCCGACUGCAGCUGCUGGACGGAGACCCCCACUCCGACUACAUCAACGCCAAUUAUAUCGACGGCUACCACCGACCCAGACAUUACAUCGCCACGCAAGGGCCCAUGCAGGAGACAGUGAGGGAUUUCUGGAGGAUGGUCUGGCAGGAAAACUCGGCCUCUAUCGUCAUGGUUACCAACCUGGUGGAGGUGGGCAGGGUGAAGUGUGUGCGCUACUGGCCAGAUGAGACGGAGGUUUAUGGAGACAUCAAGGUGACCCUGAUAGAAACCGAACCACUGGCUGAAUACGUCAUCAGGACGUUCACCGUCCAGAAGAAGGGUCAUCAUGAGAUCCGUGAACUCCGUCAGUUUCACUUCACCAGCUGGCCCGACCACGGCGUUCCCUGCUAUGCCACCGGACUGCUGGGCUUCAUACGGCAGGUCAAGUUCCUCAACCCGCCUGAUGCCGGGCCCAUCGUGGCACACUGCAGCGCCGGUGCAGGGAGGACAGGCUGUUUCAUUGCAGUGGACAUCAUGUUGGACAUGGCAGAGAAUGAAGGCGUGGUGGACAUUUUCAACUGCAUCCGAGAGCUGAGAUCACAACGGGUCAACAUGGUCCAGACAGAGGAGCAGUACGUGUUUGUUCACGACGCCAUCUUGGAGGCGUGUCUAUGUGGGAAUACAGCCAUACCAGUGUGUGAGUUCAGAGCCAUCUACUACAACAUCAGCAGACUGGACCCACAGACCAACUCCAGCCAGAUUAAAGAUGAGUUCCAGACUCUGAACAUAGUGACCCCUAGAGUCCGUCCAGAGGACUGCAGCGUGGGUCUGUUACCCAGGAACCACGACAAGAACCGCAGUAUGGACGUUCUGUCAGCAGAUCGAUGCCUGCCGUUCCUCAUAUCCGUGGACGGAGAGAGCUCCAACUACAUCAACGCUGCACUAAUGGACAGCCACAAACAGCCAGCGGCCUUCAUUGUUACCCAGCAUCCUUUGCCAAACACCAUGGGCGACUUCUGGAGGCUGGUGUUCGACUACAACUGCUCCUCAAUCGUAAUGCUCAACGAGAUGGACGCAGCGCAGUUAUGUAUGCAGUACUGGCCUGAAAAGAGUUCCUGUUGCUACGGUCCCAUUCAAGUGGAAUUCAUAUCCGCAGACAUUGAUGAAGACAUCAUCAACCGAAUCUUCAGGAUCUGCAACAUGGCCAGGCCACAGGACGGUUACCGCCUGGUGCAGCACUUCCAGUUCAUCGGCUGGCCGGCCUACAGGGACACGCCGCUCUCUAAACGCUCCAUCCUCCAGUUGGUCCGGAGGUUGGCCAAGUGGCAGGAGCAGUAUGACGGAGGAGAUGGGAGGACGGUGGUACAUUGCCUUACCGGCGGAGGGCGUUCUGGAACGUUCUGUGCCAUCUGCAGCAUCAACGAGAUGAUCCAGCAGCAGAACAUCGUGGACGUUUUCCACACCGUCAAAACUCUGAGAAACAACAAGACCAACAUGGUGGAGACGAUGGAGCAGUAUAAGUUCUGCUAUGAAGUGGCUCUGGAGGCACUCAGCUCCUUCUAAAUCUCUCAACGCCAUGCCGCCACUCAGAGCGCCGACUCCGAGGGCCGACUCAGAGCACCGACUCCGAGCGUUGACUCAGAGCGCCGUCUCCGAGCGCCGACUCAGAGCGUCGAGGUGCUUUGUGACGACACAAACCUGCGAGCAUAUGUGUGUGUGUGUGUGUGUGUGUGUGUGUGCGUGUUUGAGAGUGUGUGCAUGUGAUUCUGUGUGAAUUAGAGAGCGCAUGCUUGCAUAUUUGAGUGUGUAUCUAUGUGUGUGCCUGUGAUAACACACACACACAACCUGUACAGAAGAGAAAAGAAGCGACACACACACACACAAUGUGUGUGUUGGCUUCCUCCAGACUGUGAACUUUACACACUGUACAAAGAAAACAGAAAAAAUUAUGUUAAAAAACAAAAUCAGAGGUUUAAAAAAAGAAGCGCCACUUUUUCCUUCUGCGUCUCUCCGUCCUCUCUGCUGGGCUGUCAUGUGAUUACUGUACAGGAUUUCCUUUUUAGAUCUAUUCUCCGCCUUGAUUGUUGUCUCCCUGUGAAGGCUGGAUGCUCGCUGAAGGAAAGUAAAGAAGUAUUAGGCUGACAUGUUGAUGCUGCUGGAUGAAACCAACAGACACAUGUUGAUAUAUCUGUUCUUCUUCUUUGAAAUCACAAGCUGAUAAAUUACCUUGUGGCUCGGGCCUCUUGACUGCCUCAAUGCUAAUUGUACUUGUAAUUCAGUAAUCGGUUUCAACAUUUCUCAGUAUCAGCCCAGACACACCAGGAACGUCAAGAGAGCGCGUGGUGGCUGCGUAACCUGUUGUUUUUUAUUCCGGUGUCCAUGUUAUCAGGUUAGAGCAGCCACACUGCCCGCGUGAGACGCGUGUCCCAGCUGCGUCUCAAGCGCGUCACACACGCGUCUCAGCUGCGUCUCUUCUAGAGAAUAGAGGUCUCGCCUAUUUUUGACGCGUGCCGCGCGCGUCUCACAGCAGCAACAGACAGUGAAAGUGAUCUAUUGAUUGUAUAUUGAAAUCAUACCAGCAAAUUACCACAGUUUCGAUGUCUAUCUGUAGAAUAUGUUACGGAGAUGAGAAACUUAUUUU